AUGGGUCAUCCAGUAGGGUCUGUCCAUCUCAAAACUCAAAUGUUUUGGUUAUUUCUGCUGGGUACACAGAAUUUUGAGAAGGAAAAAACAUGAACUAAAGUGGAACUCCCAUUUUGCAUCGUUGUAAGCCUGUGGCUGUAUGACAAACUUUCAUAAAAUUCGGCCACGUGUAUAACAUUAUAUAUUAUGAUACAAGUCGUUAUAAUAAAUAUUGUAACUAAACUUAGAAAAAGCCGCAUGUGUACAAUAUCAAAAUGAGAUCCAUAACCUUCACGCGGAAUAAUACGUUACGAAGGUGACGCUGAUCCGUGUCAUUGUUUUAACUCUGAAAUGAAAUAUUAUAAAAAAAAAACUCUGAAAUGGCUUGCAUGCCGUCGUUGUUCGUCAACCGUUUUUUUUUUUUUUUAAAAAAAAAACAAACUGUUGGUGAUUCCGUUUCCUGCCAUGGCACGACCGUGAACGACCUUUCAACGGAAAAUGGUGCGAAGCGGUUAAAAGGCGGGGCGCGCGGCCUGCCUCCACGGCUCCACCACCUCUUCUUCCUCCCCUCCCCACUUUCCCCACCACCACCAUCGCCAAAACCACACGCAUCCAGAGGCAGAGGCAAAGCGAGACAAGAAAGCGCGAGCCCCGAUCGAAUCGAGGUCUCAAGUCUCUUCUACCCCACCAUCGCCAUCCGCAGCUCGCCAGCCCAGCCCGCGCCGACCGACAGAGAGUCCAUUCCGGUUCCGCCAUGAUCAUCAAGACCCUCAAGGCGCGCAUCCUGCGCGCGCUCAAGGCGGCCGGGCACGACGGCGCGGCGGGCUCCCCGCCGCCGUCCCCGACCAAGCCCGCCGCCCACCAGUACCAGUACCAGUACCAGUACCACGGCAGCGACGCCCUGUCCGACGACGCGUCUUUCUUCGACGCGCGGGAGCCCGAUACGCCGCCCACCAAAGCCCACCACCGCCGCCGCCGUCCCUCCGCCGCAGAGCCGCUGGACGCGUGGGAGCUGGUGGACGACGACCAGGACGACGGCGGCUGCGCGUCCCCCGCGGCACCCGACGCCGACCCGCUGCUGGGUUUCCCCGCGCGGUGCCCGCCGGGCGGUGAGUCCGUGGUGGUGCUGUACACGACGACGCUCCGCGGCGUGCGUCGCACCUUCGAGGACUGCAACGUCCUGCGGUCGCUGCUGGAGAACCUGGGCGCGCCGUUCCAGGAGCGGGACGUGUCCAUGGACCGCGGACUCCGGGACCAGCUGUGGUCCCUGACCGGGGAGAGAGGCGCCGUCCCGCCGCGCCUCUUCGUGCGCGGCCGCGACGUCGGCGGCGCCGCCCAGGUGCUCGCGCUCCACGAGGAAGGACGCCUCGUCCCGCUGCUGCCGGUGGUGCCACCGUCGCCGUGCGCGGGCGGCGACACGAAGCUCCCCGGCGCCGGAGGCAAGCGCGGGUGCGACGCGUGCGGCGGGCUCAGGUUCGUGGUGUGCGGCGAGUGCGACGGUAGCCGCAAGGUGUUCGACGGCGGGCGGUGCCGUGGGUGCAACGAGAACGGGCUCGUCAUGUGCCCGCUCUGCUUGUAGGCGGCGGCGGCAGCUGAGCCCGUCGUUGGCAUCGGCCCGAGCAAUCCAUUGUCCAUUAGCGGAGCGCCCCCGCGCAAUUCAUCAGUAAUUAUUGUUACUGCGAUUGCUCUAAUUUGCGUUAGUUAUUAGUUCUCUACUGCUACUAGUCGAUCGAUGGAUGUGUUUGAGUGGUUGGUUUGUCACGUACAAUGUAUGUACAUAUACAUUACAUGCUGGACUUGGAGCAAUGUGUGAUGUAUAUACUCUAUGCUGCUGCUAGUUUAGAUGUCCAUGUCAAAACCCAUGCAAAGAUAGAUAGGAGUACGCACAUGGUUCCAUCCAUCCAUCUUGUGAUCCAUCCAUGUACCUAUCUAUCAAUCAAAUCAAUCGGAAACAGGUUUCCCCA